UAUGGUAAUGCAUAGAAUUUUUUUUGGUCAAAGACCAGCUGAACAUCACCGUAUAUAAUAUAUAAUAUAAACGCAAUUCUGGUUUUCGUACUAGUCACAUGUUGUACGGAAAGUUGCAAUCACGAAAUAUGGGACUGAUAGAAUUGUAGAAAAUUUUGAAUUGAGAAAAAUAAAUAGUUGAACGAAAUAAUGCGAAGUUAUCCAGCUGUGACUUCAGCUUUUGUUGCAUUCGGCUCGGCAGUGGUGUGGCUUUGUGUAGUCUCAGUUGGCGUAUUGGAAAACAGUGGAGGAAGCUGGGCGCAUGAUGUGCGGAAAAUUUUAUUUCGAAACGACAGUCAUAUUCUUAUGGAGAAGUGGGCAAUAGAUAUUACACUUCCGAAGUGGUCACUUUGCGUUUGGGAAUUUAUCUACACGUGGAACACCUUAUGGUCCUUAUACUGUGUCAUAAUCACAUGUCGACCAGUUUCCGAAAAAUCCGAAGAAGACACGACAACGUGUUCGGUCAACGCAUUUCCGCCGAUUUUUCACUGUUUCUGGGCUUUCGCCGGAAUAUCACAUGUGUGCUGGAUGUUUUUCUGGGACAGAGAAAUUAUAGUUGGGAGUGUUUUCUUCCAAGCUUUUGUUGUCAUUGCUUGCAUCGGAUGUUUGUAUGUUUCACAUUCCUCUGUUGACAGAAAUGGUGCUCUCUUGGAAGCAAACCAUCGUUGGGAUUUGUGGGUAUGCCGUACACUAGUGCAAAACGGGAUUACAAUGUUUGGCACAUGGAGUGCCGUAUUAUUUCUCAUCAACACAGCUUCCUUACUGACUUACGAUGGCAGAAUUUCAUCAUAUUUGACAUCAAUCGCAGCAUUGGGAGCCCUUGGGUUUAUAUUGAUUUUCUGGUUCAUUUUAGAUACUUUCAUUCUUGACCGUUGGGUGCGGUAUACAUUUUCCAUUUAUCCAACUAUAUCCUGGGCAAGCGCGGCGAUACUGUUACGACAUUUUCGACCGUGGUCGCACGUUACAAUCAUAACUUUGUCUAUCCUUUGCGCUGCCUUUUUCAUUCUUGUGCUAAGACUUCCAUUGGUGGUGUGGAAAUGCUUUACCUACCCGUUGUACAUAACCCAAACAAUCCCACAAGAGGUCGACUUGGAAGACCAAAGACAAAAGGAUAACGCGAGACAGCAGGUUGUUGCCACUGUCUUAUAGAUUUAUCACUGUGUAUAAAUUAUAGGUAUGCUAUCAUGAUAGUCAAACUCGAAUUCUUUACUCAGCUGUUUUUAUUAUUUUUCAUUUGAUUGUUCGAAUUCUAUUUAUACACGUCAUAUAAUGGACAUCUCCAGUUUUAAAUUUAUGAAUAUUUCUAAAUAAAUCAACUGCCUUUAUUAAAUUGGUAAUUUAUGAUGUCACAUAACACAUAUUGUUGUAAAUUAUUCCUUGGAUCAUUGUAUACGGCUCGUCGUCGCGGAUUAUCAGCGUCAAUAUAUCAAUCCCCAGGAUGGUGUCCGCAAUAAUCGAUUAACUAUUCAGAGAUUGAUUCUUCGCGAAUUACAGAUCAUUUAAGCAUUCGCAUUUGAUAUUGAAUAUCUAUAUAAAUCC